AUGUUAGAAGGUGCAAAAUCAAUGGGUGCCGGAGCUGCUACAAUUGCUUCAGCGGGAGCUGCUGUCGGUAUUGGAAACGUAUUCAGUUCUUUGAUCCAUUCCGUGGCGCGAAAUCCAUCAUUGGCUAAACAAUUAUUUGGUUAUGCCAUUUUGGGCUUUGCUCUAACCGAAGCUAUUGCAUCGUUUGCCCCAAUGAUGGCCUUUCUGAUCUUAUCCGUAUUCCGAUCGAAGAAAGAAAGUUUCAGUCUAAUUCUCAUAAAGCAAGCACCUCUUUCACAUAAGAAAGUGGAGGCGGGCUUGGGUACGAUCUAA